GAUGUGACUAACUACAUAGUAUUAGGUUAACUUUGCAUGGUGUCAGUUCUCCCAUCUUAGACUGAUUUUGAGAGUGACACGUUAUUUCUUCAUGCAAUGUUCCUUGCUAUCAUCGCUACACGUUCUUGUUUGUGUCAUGUUCGUUUCUGUUUAUGAUCAUUCCUACUAGAAAAGCAAACAACAACAACUGAGUUCCUAUGUUUACUGAUUCUGUGUUUUCCAAGUUUUCCAACAAAAUUAGCUUUAUAUCCAUUAUUAUGUAUAUGAACUAGUGAGAUGAGUUCUGAGAGAGUACCAUUAUUGUAAACAAAUUUACUAAUUAGAGAGAAAAAUUCAGAAGCAUGAUACCACUGAGUCUGAUCUCUGAGUGUACCAAGAAUUUGGCUAGUGAACAUGCACAAGUGGUGCCUAUUUCUCUUUUUGUGGCUGUUCUCUGCCUUACUUUGAUCAUUGGUCACUUGUUUGAAAGAAAUCGAUGGAUUAAUGAAUCCAUAGUUGCCAUCAUAAUAGGAAUCAUUGCUGGAAUUAUACUGUUAUUGAUCAGCAAAGGAAAGAGUUCUCGCAUCCUUACAUUUAAUGAAGAACUAUUCUUCAUAUAUCUCCUUCCUCCCAUAAUAUUCAAUGCAGGAUUUCAGGUGAAGAAGAAACAAUUCUUCCAUAACUUUUUAACCAUCAUGAUGUUUGGUGUCAUCGGUGUUUUCAUUUCAACUUUUGUUAUUACUUGCGGCAGCUGGUGGAUAUUCCCCAAGUUGAACUUGCUUGGCCUGACAGCGAAAGAUUAUCUUGCUAUAGGAACAAUUUUCUCAGCAACGGACACAGUUUGUACCCUGCAGGUUCUGCAUCAAGAUGAGACUCCUUUACUUUACAGCCUAGUCUUUGGGGAAGGAGUGGUAAAUGAUGCCACAUCAGUUGUUCUCUUCAAUGCAGUGCAAAAGCUUGAUGUUUCAAAAUUUAGCAGCAAGACAUUCCGGUUUAUUGGAGAUUUCUUCUAUCUAUUCGGAUUAAGCACUGGUCUAGGAGUUCUAGCUGGCCUCCUCACAUCAUAUAUCUUGAAAGCCUUAUGCUUUGGAAGACAUUCAAGUGUUCGUGAAAUUGCAUUGAUGAUAUUAAAGGCAUACCUAUCCUAUAUGUUGGCAGAGCUAUGUGAUCUAAGUGGAAUCAUCACCGUUUUCUUUUGUGGAAUACUCAUGUCACAUUAUGCAUGGUAUAAUAUGGCUGAAACUUCAAGAAUCACAACCAGGCAUGUGUUUGCAACAAUGUCAUUUAUUGCAGAAACCUUCAUAUUCCUAUAUGUGGGCAUGGAUGCCCUUGACAUUGAGAAGUGGAAGAUGACUAAAUUAAGUUACGGAAGUUUGAUGGGGAUAUACAGUUCCUUAAUCCUAUUGAUAUUGGUUGGGCGUGCUGCUUUUGUUUUCCCUCUCUCUGCUAUUGCCAAUUAUACAAACACACGUGCCAGUUCUGACCAAGCAUCACGCAUCACUUUCAGACAGCAGAUAAUCAUUUGGUGGGCAGGGCUAAUGAGGGGAGCUGUCUCCAUUGCUCUGGCUUUCAAACAGUUCACAUUUUCUGGAGUUACUUCUGAUCCAGUUAAUGCAACAAUGAUUACCAACACCAUUAUUGUUGUCCUUUUCAGCACACUGGUGUUUGGUUUUCUCACAAAACCAUUAAUAAGAUAUCUGCUACCCCACGCUGCUACAAGGAAAAACAUCAUCCAUGAAGAACCAGGUUCACGAAUUGAGGACUUGAAUCUACCUUUGCUAUCCCUUGAGGAGUCCGCAGCCACCAACAUCAGCCGCGCAAAGGAAAGUUUGUCCAUGUUAAUAGAAAGUCCUGUGUUCACCAUACAUCACUUUUGGAGGAGGUUUGAUGAUGCCUACAUGAGACCUUUUUUUGGGGGACCUCAUAAUAACGGGUCACAGUGCUAGCAGUAUUGCAAAUCAUGUAUAUCUCAGUGAUGCACUUGAAUGUUGGAUCACAAAUGAUGAUCCAUUUAGAUCCAAUUUUGAAGAUGAGUAGCUGCAAUGAGGAUUCAUUGCCAGUGUUUUUCUUAUGCUCAAAUGAGGAAUAUG